AGGACAGAGCAAAACUUAGAUCUCUAAGCUUAAGGAACUUUCCCUCAUUGUGGAGGGAGAAGAGAUACCUCCUUUGUGAUGGCCAGCCCUAGCUGGUAAAAAAUCCCCCCUUCUUUUUCUUCUCACCCUGGAGUCACCUUUAAAGGUGCCAAGUACAAAAACCUCUGGAUCUAUUUGCAAUUUUGCAGGAGCAAAUUUGCCCACAGCACACUAGGGAAGAUUAAGUGAUUACUUCUUCAUUCAUCCAAAAACUAUAAUGUCUACCCUUGUCUCUGCAGCUAUCCUUCUGAAAUUUGGCACGGUUCAUGCUCUCUGGAGGGGUGACCUUGCUCCAAUUCUGGCCAAAGAUAAGAAAGUAGAAGGCGGAUUGAGAGAGAGAAGUUACUGCCAGGAACUUUACAAUAAACUACUCGAGCAUUUCUGGUUGCUCCCCAUUAUUACUAAAAAAAUGGCUGCUGUUAUAUAUAUUGGCAGUUCUUCUAUCCAGGAUUCCUCAUGAAUUUAGAUUCGUGUCAUAACCAGAGCUGUAUUAUAGUAACAAUAUAGCAAAACUCCUCUUUUUUUAUACAGAGCAGCUGAGUUUUCUUCGACUUGUAGGAACACGGCGACAAGUUCUGAAAAGCGGAAAGGGAUUCAAAAUUGGGGAAAUACUUCAGAGGGCUGUGACACCUUGGUCACAGCAAUACUUACUAUUCCCGGCCAGCGCCGUGGGUUAAAAUUAGAACUCGGCAGGCGUUGCAUUUCACUCUUCCAUAGUUGGUACAAAGGUUGUAAAUGGCUUUAGCAAAGCAUUCAGGGUUUGCGGCCGGUUUCUGUUGCCGCACAGGAAUCGGGGAGUCAUGGAAAAGCAGGCAAUAACUGAGUUAGCAGGGAUCAACGAUUCUUGACACUGAAGGUCUCGCCAGGCUUUCCUCUUUUAUGUGCGACGCCCCUGUAUGUGACAGUGAUGCAGAAAAAUGAAACCAGACACUGAACCGGGAGGUGGAAGGGCCAUGACUGAAACGUCGGUUUGCGUCGGCACGUUUACAGCUGUUAAGGCACUUUGGGAAGUCAGGAUCCAGAAGAUCAGCGAAGAGCUUCGAAAGCAAAAGGCAUUCAGUCAGAGGUCUGCAGAGAGGCUGACACUUGUUUGGGAAGAGAGAGUCAGUUUGGCCAAGCUCAAAGAAAAAGUUAUCACAGAAGACGGAAGGGCUGUUUUAAAGAUUGAACAGGAAGAAUGGAAGACUCUGCCUUCUUGCUUACUGAAACUGAACCACCUCCAGGAAUGGCAGCUUCACAGAACUGGUUUGGUUAAAAUCCCUCAAUUCAUCGGUCGCUUUCAGAGUCUCAUGGUUCUAGAUCUGUCUCGAAAUUCCAUUGCAGAAAUUCCUAGGGAAAUCGGCCAGUUGUCAAAUCUCCAAGAGCUGAUCCUCAGUUACAAUAAAAUUAAAUCUGUUCCUAAAGAGCUAAGCAACUGUGUCAGCUUAGAAAGACUGGAGCUGGCAGUGAACAGAGACAUCUGUGACCUUCCCCAUCAGCUCAGCAACAUGAAGAAGCUUUAUCACCUAGAUCUGAGUAUGAAUCAGUUCACCACCUUCCCAUCAGUCAUCCUGGAUAUGCCAAACCUGGAAUGGUUAGACUUGGGGAGCAACAAAAUUACAGCAAUCCCUGGGGAUCUGGACAGAGCUGAAAACCUACAUACUUUGUGGCUCCAAAGGAAUGACAUAACUCAUUUACCUGAAUCCAUUCGUAACCUGAAAAAUCUGAGCACGCUUGUCCUUACCAGCAACAAGCUCCAAGAUAUUCCUGCCUGCCUAAAGGACAUGACGGAACUGAGAUUCGUCAACUUCAGAGACAAUCCACUGAAGCUGGAGGUAACACUACCCCCUUGUGAGAAUCCUGAAGAAGAAGAAGAACAGGAACUGUAUGGCAUUCAGUUCAUGCAUGCAUACAUUCAGGAGUCGCUCAGCAGAAAAGAAAACAUAGAAAGUGGUAUGGUAGCUGGUGCUGAUGUCAAUGAAAAGUAAACAAAAAAAAAAUUAUUUGCCACUCUGAGUUUUCACUGUUACUGGAAGUUCACAAGAAUAUGUCUUCCAAACAAAGGCGUUCUCUCAGUGAAGAAGACUAAGUUGAUGUUUCCUUUCUUCUGAUUCCAGAGGAGGCUAUAAAAACCAAUAGCUAUUUGGUAAGCUCUAUACUGGAUGUUAGAAAAGGAGACAUGUUCUGAAGACUGUGUGUCCAGUUUUUUCUAAAAUCCUCUCGCUUUUAAGCAGUUGAGGGGGUUAAUGAAGACUGACAUGGCACAGCUGUCAAGAGUACAUUUUCUAAGGAAACGCUGAGAUCUGUAUAGUGCUGCAACACAGCUUCAUACCCUCUUUGCUGUAAAUAUUCGAUCCGACCAUGGUCAAUCAACAGUUUGCAAAGCUGACCUAUCUGCUUUCGGUCCUCAGUGGUUAACAGCCUAAAACCAGAAGGAGAAAUGUUUUUAAAUACAGCAACUAUAACAUCUCAAGGAAUCGGGACAUCAGAUUUAGAGCACUGGAAUGGAAACAGUCAUACAGUACAUUAAAGACCAACAAAUUUAUGUUUGUUUAAGCUUUCAUGGACUGGGAUCUACUUUAAAAUCUUGCAGGUUGUAACAAAUUACAAAAUACACUUUGGAAGGGAAAAUAAUACUCCUAAUUCACAUAUCUGAAAGAAUAUCAAAUGCAUAAAGUUAAAACCUAUUUAUUCCAAUAACCUGUUGUGCUGAAAAGUAUCACGUACCCUUGCAGGCUAUCCAAAUUGUAUUCAACACAUCUAUCAUCUUGGUCAUGUUCUUCUGCGUCAUUGCUUUGUUCUUCAUUCUUUGUAUGAGUUGCAUAGCUUUUCCUUGCAGUUUCUCUCAUGCCACAAGUGGCCCAACUUGUCAUCCUUUUAAAAUAAUUGAAUUCCAUCGCCCCAAGUCCUACUUUUGUGAAGAAGUCUUGGCCUACGUAAUGCUUCCAGUCACAUCUAUGAUGGCAACACAGGGCAAUAACAACUCCAGCCACAGGGCUCCAGCUGUCUGCUCUAGGCUUGUCAUGCGAUUCUCCAGAAUUAUUAGAAGUUAUGUUGCUUUCAUUGCUCUUAAAGCGUUUAGGUGCAGGGCUCUCCUUUUCGCCUUCGCAGGGUUUUGUGUAUGUUUCAACUAAGCAUCUCAAAGCAAGAUCUGUGAACACAAAAGUAUUGUUUGAAUUGUGGCUGCUUCAAAGAGCAAUAGAAAUAAUCUACAACUUAUAACAUUUAUGUCAUCUUGGUCAUGUUCUUCCGAUGUCUGGACCAUCUUUUCACCUGAUUCCAUCCACAACAGUUAAAAAAAACUUGGUUCGUUAACAGAUGUACCAUAUUUAUGGUGCAACAUUUUCAAGCUAUAUUCUUUCUUAGCAGCCCAACUGUGUGCUCAGUUUGAGUUCAAUAGGACUCAACUCCCAAGUUAAGUGUAAGGAGGCUUGCAGCUUAACAAGUACAACAAUUAUUUAUGAAAGGGUUUGGUAAGUUCUAUUAACUUGCCUUAAAUUCCCUAAUUUUGUUACCUUAUCAGUGUUUCCCAAACUUGGGUCUCCAGCUGUUUUUGGACUACAACUCUCACCAUCCCUAGUGAGCAAGAAAGGGAUAAUGGGACUUGUAGUUCGAAAACAGGUGGAGACCCAAGUUUGGGAAACAAGGCCUUACAUUAUAUUUCCGUGAAUAUUUUUAAGCAGAUCCAACGUGUUCAGCUAUAUACUCAGAAUAAAGUCAAAGCCUGCGCCAAA